GUAUCUUGUACCAUAAAAUUCCUGUCGCACAGUCGCAACAAGAUACCUCGGACGGCUGCGAACGACUUGUUACGAGUCGUGAUUUGAAAUGCAAUCCCGUUAUCCGGUCGAAGUUUGGGUGCGUGUGCUGUACACACGUAAGUUAUACAGUUCUAUCUCUCAAUAGGAUACACUUGUCUCCCACACGUACGUCUAGAAGCUGGCUUGGCACAUGAAGUGCUUGUGGAUCCACAUGGUGAUGAAGUUCCAAUUUGAUCUACUGGUCAGGCGCGAAGACUAUCCUUUCCUGUGAUCGGGCAUUCAAGGACUCCGUCAUAUAAAGACCCCCCACCUGGCUAUAUUCUGGACGAGUACGACGUGUAGUACUUGUUACUAAAAGAUGCCAUCGUCCCCUAGGGUGUGCUACAGCUAUUCACAGACAGCUACUUGUCGAUUCGGCUCCAAGUGCAGGUUUGCGCAUGGCGAAGUCAAAAUCACCAAUGGUACACAGACACCUCUAGACGAUUUUUUUGAAACAUAUCCCGCGUUCGACUACAACUCGUCUGCGUCAGCUUCAUCGGAGUUUUACCGGAUGUGCGACCAGUUUUGCUGGAAUAGGGAAGACGAAGAGAGAGAACAAGCUCACUGUGAUUUCAAGGACGCCCUUGUUCAGCAGUUCAACGAGAUAUAUGGCACGGAUGUGAAUAAUCUCAGUUCAUGGCACAAUUUGUGUCAGAUCGUCCGCAUUUCACCGAUUCCUGACACUCUCGAAUCAUGCCGCGAGGCGGUCAAAGCAACUCAUGUCAAUAUAGUUGACUUGAUCGAUACAAAAGUGACCGGGAAGCCAGUGACCAUAUUUGUCUCGGAGGCGAAGCUGAGCGAGUAUACCAAAGCGACUGGAAAGUUCUUUCCAAGGGAUAAUGCAUAUGCUGGUGGUCUCUUAAGGUACCUGCUCCGCCGUAUUAUGAAUCCUAGACAAGAACGCGUGUCUAGGUCUGGUCAGAAGACGCAGGGCAGGCGUAGGCGUCACUAGAAUCUACGUUCCGAUUCUCAUGUCAUUCUCAUCCGCGGGUUGAAUUGUGCUACAGAAUGCUACAGCGGUCUGUAGCACUCUGUAGUGAAUUACUUUUCCGGAUGCGCUUGUACAUUAGGUGUCGUUGUAAAGCUUCUAGUUGA